CUGUAGUGGGCGGAGCAAGGCAUAGAGCGUCAUCAAAAGAACAUCGCUGAGCUAAAACAAAUAAGGCUCGACUCGCGCUUCGUUGAAUAAGUCUUUCGCAAUUUGUACAAACGUAAUAAAUUCCUGACGCUGGUCGUUCGUUACUACUUUACUGGAGGACAAAAAAGCACUCAUUAAGCUUUCGAAUCGUCCACGUCGAUGCUUCUCCGGCUAACUUAGCUUAUUAUAGCACGCUAGUCGCUAGCACAUUGCUAAAGAGCCAAGUGUGUGAUGGUCGAGUGAAGAUGUGGGCAAUAAGUGUGAAAGAAGAAUAUGACGAGGGACUUUGUGGAACAAAGAAGGAUAAAGAGCCACAACGUCAACUGCUGGAGGCUGUUUUCCAGAAGCCUCAAGGUGAACAUGGAGCAGAUACCAGUGAAGAAAAUCUUCAACCUGUGCUGCAGCAGCAGCAGCCUGAGACACCUCGAUAUAAAGAGGAAGAGGAGCAAGAACCCGGUCACAUCAAAGAGGAAGAGCUCGACGAUGAUAUUAGCAGGUUUCCGUUGACUGUCAUUGUAAAGAGUGAAGAUGAGGAGGACGAAUCCCACUGUGGAGUAUCCCAGGCUGAGAGCCUCUUAGCACCGCUAUCGGAUAGUGACGACAUCAUGUCCCACUCUUCUGUUGCUGAUAUUGAUGAAAAUGCUGAAGGUGACGUGACAUGUCACACCAAAGACAAACGCUUGAAAUGUUCUCAGUGCGACAAAACGUUUGCCAAAGAGUAUUUGUUAAAAGUACACACCAGAACACACACUGGUGAGAAACCUUUUACCUGCUCAGUUUGCGGUAAAAGAUUCACUCAAAAGGGACAGUUAAUAGGACACGCAAGAACACACACUGGGGAGAAACCUUUUGCCUGCUCAGUUUGUGGUAAAACUUUCUCUGAAAAGGGACAUGUAAGAGUACACACAAGAACACACACAGGAGAUAAACCUUUCCCCUGCUCUGUUUGUGGGAAGAAAUUUGCUGAAAAGGGAAGUUUGAUCAGGCACACAAGAACACACACAGGAGAAAAGCCUUUUGCGUGCUCAAUUUGUAAUGAAAGAUUCUGUGUAAAGGUAGGUUUAACAAAUCACCUAAGAAACCACACCGGCGAGAAACCUUUUGUCUGCUCAGUUUGCGGUAAAGGAUUCAGUCAAAAGGGACAUUUAAUGACACAUGCAAGGACACACACCGGGGAGAAAUUUUUUGCCUGCUCAGUCUGCGGUCUCCGAGUAACUCAAAAGAUUCAUUUAACAACUCACAUGCGAAUUCACACAGGAGAGAAACCCUUCUCUUGCUUAGUUUGUGAUAAAAGAUUCACAGAAAAGGGAAGCUUGAUUAGGCACACAAGAACACACACUGGAGAGAAACCUUUUGCCUGCGAAAUUUGCGGUCAAAGAUUUUCUGACAAGGGACAUUUAAGAACACACACGAGAACACACACUGGGGAAAAACCUUUUGCCUGUUCAGUUUGCGGUAAAGGAUUUGCUGAGAAGAGAAACUUAAAAACACACUCGAGGACACACACCGGUGAGAAACCUUUUGUGUGCUCAGUCUGCACAUUAACUUUCAUUGAUCGUUCUGGCUUGAAUAAACACAUGAGAACACACACUGGUGAGAAACCAUUUGGUUGCAGUGUGUGUGAUGAACGCUUCAGUUUUAAUUAUCAGCUGAACAAACACAAGUGUGCUAGUAAGAAGAGCAACAAAUGACAUUCCAGAUCGGGCGUCGGGAAUCUAUGGCUCGCGAGCCAGAUAUGGCUCUUUUGGGUGACGUUAUUAAAAAGAAUACGUUAGUACACUC